ACUUCCCACCACUCUGUUCCCAUGUCUGCAUCAGCAUCUCAGCUCUCUGCAAAAGUAUCACCUUCUCCGGGGGUCUUCCCUGACUGCCCUGGGAUCAGAAACCCAUACUUUGACCCCUGUGAAGCUCGUUCCAUUUAUUUUUUUUUUCUUUGAAACAAAAUCACUCUUUAGCCCAGGCUGCCCUUAAACUUCUGAUCCCCCUGCCUCAGCCUCUCAUGUGCUGGGAUGACAGAUACGAAAGUUGUGGCCCAUACCUCUAAUCUGUGCACUCAAGAGAAUGAGGUGGAAGAAGCCCAAGGUUAUAGCCAGUCUGGGCUGGGAAAUCCUGUCUCAACCCUCUCACCCAAAAAGACAAUAAUAGCAGUCGUGUUAACUCCUUACUGUUUGGGCACAGGGGUGUUGCAGAGAGCUCCAGCUUAUCAUAACUAAGGGUUCCCUCCUCAGAACAGGAAGAAAAAAACAUAAUGGGCUUCUGCCACCAGUGUGUAUCAACACCUGUUUUCAGGUCUUUCUGAGUCCUCUCUCCAGUCUCCGAGGGAGAGAUGUUCCCAGCAUCCUACUCCAGAAGAGGGGGCUGAAGCCCCGAGUGGUUAAUGGCCGUGCACAGCCACAGAACUGCAGGACAGAGCAUGGAACCUCAAAGUCACUGAAGGGUGGAUAAAUGGGGGUCUCAGGAUUCAAAAGACUCCUAAGCCUCUGUCCCCUAGACCUGCCUCCCUGGAUUCUCAUGGUCCCCAUGGAGCAGGCUCAGCCCCCACUGGGACUCACAGCAGGCUGGGAGGAGCUGUGGGAUUGGACAGGUCAGCUUGCCUUCCUUCCCUGCUGGGAGCUCCCAGAACCACCUCUGGGCUGCUGGGAGGGGAGAGGGGUGAAAAGCAGACCUCUGAGGACCCAGACUCACACUCUAGACAGCAGGGUCCAUUGCCUGGGACCCUGAGCCCACUCCAAGACUGACUGACGACCGCACAGCUAAGUGAUGCUGCGUGGCCAGUUAACCACGCUGCUGGGUCUGCUCAGUGGGGCGUGGCUACCCACAGGCUCAGGGAGGCCUAGGGUUCCAUCUAUCUCCACUCAGGCCUGGGCUGCUGUCAAUCAGAGCUGGACUCUGGAUCCUCUGGUGCCAGCCUCUGCCCUGGGUAGCUGGAAGGCCUUCUUGAGCCUACAAGACAAACAGCAAGGAGCAGGCGGGCUGCAUGGAGGGCAGAGAGAGGCUGCUGGUGUGUCUUUGCCCUUGGUCCCCCAGGAAGUGCUCCAGGAGACAUGUAAAGCUGUGGCCUUCAUUCAGGUGCUCUCCAGGCCUGGCUGCACAGCGGCCAGGGUCCUCAAUCAUCUGUGUUUCGGACAUUGUUCCUCCUUCUACAUUCCCAGCUCGGAUCCCACCCCGGUUGUCCUCUGCAACAGCUGUGUGCCAGCUCAAAAGCGCUGGACGUCGGUGGUGCUGUGGUGUGGGGCUGGCCACGCAGCCUCCCCUCGGCGAGUGAGGAUGACUGUCACUCUAGUGCAGAAGUGCCAGUGUGGUCCGAAGCCGUGA